UGUAAGGAGUAGUUUGUGCUGGCUGCAGUGUUCCUCAGGGAGUUGAGAAGACGCCAGCCGUAGAGUCCAGCACCAGCCCAGCUCGCUAUAUAAACCACAGCCGCGAUGCGCAGCCACGGGCGAGCAUGGCGAGCAGGAAGACCAAAAAGAAGGAAGGCGGCGCCAAGCGAGCCCAGAGGGCUUCCUCCAACGUCUUCUCCAGCUUUGAACAGACCCAGAUCCAGGAAUUCAAGGAAGCUUUCACUCUGAUUGACCAGAACAGAGAUGGCUUCAUUGACAAAGAAGAUCUGAAAGACACUUAUGCAUCCUUGGGCAAACUCAACGUAAAAGAUGAUGAACUAGAAUCCAUGUUGCAAGAGGCUACUGGUCCAAUUAACUUUACCAUGUUUUUAAAUCUGUUUGGAGCAAAGUUACAUGGUUCUGAUCCAGAAGAGGUGAUGCUAAAUGCCUUCAAAAUGUUUGAUCCAAAUGGGAAAGGAAACAUCAACAAAGAAGAAUUGAAACACUUGUUAAUGACACAAGCUGACAAGUUCACAGCUGAGGAGACUGACCAGAUGUUUCAGUCCUCUCCCAUUGAUACGGCGGGUAACCUGGAUUAUAAAUCACUCUGCUACAUCAUCACACACGGUGAAGAAAAGGAAGACUAAAUGAAAAAUCAAGCACACUUACCCAAAGUCCUCAGAUCUUUGUAUUUAUCACGUUGCAUCAACAGUGAAUAAAACCACAUUUUAAAUAAU